CCAGUCACCAGUCUCAGAGGAUUACCAGCAGCUCACCGGUACGAGACAGGAGCACCAGUGAAUCCAGUACAAACUAUUUUGGAAUGAGUCUGUUUAAAGCUGUGGAUUAUCACCUGAAGAACAAAACAUGACCUUCAUCGGCACAAGUUUUUCCGUGUUGGUCUUGCUCCUCUCAACCACUGGGGUGUUUCCACGGCCCAGCAAUGACUUUGGAAGCAGGACACAACGGGAUGUCCACUGCAAACAAAAUCUGGAGUACCUGUACGACAACAAAUGCUGCUUAAACUGUCCAGCUGGUAUGCAUUUGCAAUCGCACUGCAGUCGAACAGGAGAGAUGGGGCAGUGUGAGGAAUGCGACUUCGAGACAUACACUGAGCAUCCCAAUUUCCUAAAUCAGUGUCUCAAGUGCACAAAGUGUCGCCAAGAUCAGGAGAUUGUAAGGCCCUGUAUGCCCUCCCAAAAUACCGAAUGUGGGUGCAAAGCGGGAAGAUUUUGUGAUCCUCAACAAGCUUGUGAAAUAUGCAAGAGAUGUUCAAAGUGCAAAACGGACGAGGAGAUAGAGAGGAACUGCACCUCCACCACCGACACGGAGUGCAAGAAAGUCCAGCCCCGCUCUGGCUCUGGCUCUGCCUCUGCCUCAGCAAACACGCUUGUUAUUGUGAUCGUUGUAGUCUUCUGUCUUCUUGUGGUCGCUGUGGUGGCGGCAGUAUUCAUCUGGAAGAAAUGCAGAUCAACAGACUCUGGGAGAGAUCCGCCGGAGGAGAUUAAAGUUGAGCAGGAAUCUUGUCCUCUAAAGAGUUCCGCUGACAGCUGUCCCUCUGAGGGAGAAACCCGAAGGCCAAGCCUCUCUCACUGGCUACUGGUGAGAGGCAAUGCCUCCGUCACUAGGGAGGAUAAGCACAAGCUGUGUGAAAGCCUCAACAGCUCAGCCAGUAACUCACAGCACAGUCUAACUGGCCUGCCAUCCGCCUUACCUGUAACCGCCUUCCACACCAGACCUGUGUUUGCCCGGACGCCCAACAGGAGGGAAGAGGACUUUCCCAAACUUAUUCCUGUGAAAGGUGAAGAGUCUCUGAGGAAAUGCUUCGAGUAUUUUGAGGAAAUUGAGUUCAACCAACACAACAAAUUCUUCCGUAACCUUGGAAUCAGCGACAACACAAUUAAAAGCAACGAGGCCCUUAGCUAUGUAGACAAGAUCCAUGCACUGCUGAAUAUUUGGUUGGAGAGAGAAGGCAGAGAGGCUAGCCUGAACGACCUGCUGAAAGUAUUACUUGAUUUGAAACAGAAGCGGACAGCAGAGAUGGUCAAGGAGAAAGCUAUAGACGAUGGUCAUUACGUUGAGUGUCCAUCAGAAUCAGAAGUACUUCAAUGAUCCCAGGGAGAAAUUGUAUUUGUUCCAAUGGCUCCAUGCAAGAUAAGAAAUAUAAGGUUAUAAGAUUUACAAAAUAUAUAAAAUAGGAGGUAUGUGCAUUCUGUACAUUGAGAUAAGUAUCUAGUAGAGAAUGUAUCUUACUUGUAGUUUGAUGGCCACAGGCAGGAAUGACUUCCUGUGGUGCAUCUUGGUAGACUCAGUUUUGCACUGGACAUGCUCCUGAGUUUGACCAGAACGUCUUGGAGAGGGUGGGAGACAUUGUCCAGAAUGGCAUGUAGUUUACACUGCAUCCUCCUGUCUGUAACCACUAUCAGGUGGUCCAGAUCCACCCCCCAGCAUCACUGGCCUUGCUGUCAGUUUGUUGAGUCUGUUGGCAUCAGCAACCCUCAGUCUGCUGCCCCAGCACACAACAGUAAACAGGCAAGCACUGGCCACCACAGUCUCAAAACAUCCUCCGGCUAGUCCGGCAGAUGUUGAAGGAUCUCACUCUUCUCAGGAAAUGGAGGCGGCUCUGGCCCUUCUUUUAGAGGGCAUCAGGGUUCUUAGCCCAGUCCAGCCUAUGGUCUAAAAACACUCCCAGGUAUUUGUAAUCCUCCACAAUGUCCAUGCUGACUAACUGGAUACAAACAGGGGUCAUCGGUGUCCUAACUUUCCUCAGAUUCACAACCAGCUCCUUUUGUGAGCGGUGAACUUCCUUUUUAGGGAUGAAAAAAAAGGAUCAAAACAUGAGAGGACUACUCACUUGGGAGGUCCUUGUUUCAGAGUGCUUCUCCUCCAUCCAGUACUGGUUGAAGGAGCAUUGUACAAACCACAGUUGUGUUCUGGCCAGUAGUCAAUCACUUCAACCAAAGAAAGACCACUACCAAUCAACAGGGAUGUAGUGUCAUGAAUUGGCGUUAGCUUGUGUUGACUUCUGCUGCCGUGAUAAGAGAAGGCAUGACUAAGGAGGGCCUUGUUCCUUCCCCAUAAUGUCUUCCUUGUCCUGUGGCAUCACUUAAGCCUACUACGCAUAGUGUUUGGAGAGUAUUAUUAAACAUGCAUUACUAAUAUUACAUGUCCAGCCAAAACACAUGCUCGUUGUCUUUCAAAGUCAGUACUUUACUGACUCUGCUGCUUCUAUCUUCAGUCCUGUUCUAAACAGUCCUGAUGAGAAAAUGCAGAUUUCUGUUAAGUCACAUUUGCCUUAAAGCUUAUUUUACUUGAAAUAGUAAGUGCCUGCUAUCUUUCAUGCCAGACUAUUUUAACAGAAGCCAAAUUAAGAUGUGCUGAUGUCCAUUAGAGAUUAUUGACAUUCUUAAUCUUAUUUUAUUUAUUUGAUUGUAAUGUUCUCAGGAAUUAACGCCUUUUGGUUGCACUAACUGAGCAACAAAUUCUGUAGAGCAAUAGGAUUACUGCAACUAAAUAUUAUGGAGGAUGGAAGUUAAAGUUGUGAAUAUUUAUUGAAAAUGUUUAUCUGCCUAACUUAUACUUCUGUUGGUUUACUACCAGUGAACAGCUGAAAAUGUUGUGUGUUGCGUUUCUGGGUACCAUGAUAUGCUUCCUUAUUGCAUUAAAUGCCUUGUAAAACUGUUUUACACUGUUCUGUAUGGCUGGCAGAGAACUACUUGUCUCCAUUUUACAGAAGGCCAAUCACAUUGUUACACAAUUGUGUGUUGUUUUUUUGACACGUUUGUCUCUUUCUCAUGUUCAGGUCAUACAAUGUUGUUGAACUCUGACAUGUUUCGUUUUAUAUAAAUCUCAAGGAUUUUGUUUUUACAAAGUAGUUACAAGUUAAUGAAAUAUCAAAUCCACAAAUUGAGCAUUUGAGCAAAAACUGAACCUUCAGAAAUAAAACAAUGUGAAUAUGAA